AUGCAAUGUCUGGUUUGGCUACAAUGGCUAACCUUCUUGGCGGUGGCUGUGGUCGCUCAUUCGUCGUCGCUUGCUUAUUCCGCAACACCGCUUGACCUCUUGACACCUUUUGGUAACGACCCCGAUUGCCCAGAAUGCCCUCCUUGCUUCAAUUGCAUGCUACCUGGAUUCGAUUGCUUGCAUUUCGCCAACUGCACUGAGUCCACUGGCAAAUGCAGCUGCCCAGCAGGGUUUGGAGGCGACGAUUGCCGACAACCAUUAUGUGGAGGCUUGGCCGAUGGAAGAAACAGAACUCCAAGGGAAAAGGAUCAUUGCGAUUGUCCUGAAGGAUGGGAAGGCAUCAAUUGUAAUGUAUGUACAAUGGAUUCGGUUUGUGAUCCUCUGGUGCCUACCGGAAACAAUGGAACAUGCUAUCGUGGAGGUCUGACAGUGUUUGAGAACCAUCAAAUGUGUAAUGUUACAAAUCGGAAGAUCUUGGAACAGCUGAAGGGCCAAAUACCCCAAGUGACAUUCUCAUGUAACCGACAUCAGGAUACUUGCGAUUUUCAAUUUUGGGUGGAUGAGAUCGAGUCAUUUUAUUGCCAUUUGAACGAAUGCAGCUUUGAACAAGAAUUUGAUUAUGAUCAAAAUACAACAAACUACAAAUGCAACAAGAUCGAUUGCCGAUGUAUCAAGGAUGAGAUGCUCUGUGGAAAGAAUGGAAGCAUAGAUUUGACCGAUCUUCUCAAGGACGAAAUCAAGGGUCCAGCGAGCUUCAAGUGCACAAAUAAAGAGUGUGCGUUUUCAGAGCCAGCAAUGGAUGAUCUUAUCCUUGGCGUAUUUGGUGAUGAUUCGAUUUUCUUAAAUUGCAACUCUGGCGAAUGUUUACACUAUACAAUGGUCCCAGGAUUCAGUCGACCUGAGCGACCCAUCAAUUGGAUCAUGAUUGUUAGUGGUAUUGCCGGUGUAGCCGUGUUCCUCAUCCUUGUCGCAGUGAUGGUGGCCUAUCUUGCCAAGCAAUCAACACAAGCGAAUUCAUAUAUCCAAUUGGCCGAUGAUGAAGCGGGGAAGCUAUUGAGCGAGCACACGGCGACAAGUUUGAUCUUUGACAGCAUCUCGUACAAGGUGGGACCAUUGCAGAUAUUGAAUCGUAUCACUGGAAUGGUGCAUCCAGGUCAAGUGAUGGCUAUCAUGGGACCUUCUGGAUCAGGCAAAACGACAUUACUCGACAUUCUCGCCAAUCGGACAAAGACAGGCAACGUUUCAGGCGACGUUUAUGUGAAUGGCCACAACCUAUCACCAUCCGAGUAUCGAAAGCUUAUUGGCUAUGUCGAUCAAGAAGAUACCAUGAUCCCCACGUUAACCGUUUAUGAGACGAUCUUGUAUUCGGCACUACUUCGAUUGCCACGAUCCAUGAGCAAGGCUGCUAAGGAGUUCCGUGUACUUGAAGUGAUGCAGGAACUUGGAAUCGAUUCGAUCAAGGAUUCAAAGAUUGGUCAAGCGGAUGAUCGUUCCAUUAGCGGUGGCGAGAGACGUCGUGUAGCCAUUGCUUGUGAACUUGUGACAUCUCCUUCUAUUCUGUUUUUGGAUGAGCCUACCAGUGGAUUGGAUGCUUAUAAUGCUUACAACGUCGUUGAAUCGCUCGUGUCACUUGCAAGAGAUUACAAUCGUACCAUUGUAUUCACCAUUCAUCAGCCACGAUCCAACAUUGUCACGCUUUUCGAUGAAUUGGUGGUGCUCAGCAAAGGAUACACCAUUUAUUCAGGCCCACAAUUACGAGUGCAAUCAUAUUUCAGGAGCAUUGGAUAUCCUUGUCCUCCAGGUUUCAACAUUGCUGAUUAUCUUAUUGAUUUGACGAUGCAACCAAGCGAGCCACGAUUAGGAGGCGUUGAUGGCAACACACCUGGAUCGAGUAACAACAACAACAACAAUGUCUUUGAUGAUGAUUUGGAGAAUACCAGCGAGCAGUGGGAAUCUGAAUUAAAUGCUCGACAAGAACGAUUGAGACGAGAGCGUGCAGGAAAGAAACGAGUCCAAGGGGUUACAGAAGAGCCUGAUGUGGUCGUGGAUAAUGGAGAUCAGCAGCAACGAUCUUCGAUGGCAACGAGAGAGAACCAAAUGACUGAACAUUUGAAGCGAUUGGUCACAGCGUAUGAUCAAAGUAUGGUGGCCGUUACAGUGAGAGAUGACGUUGAGCGUAUUCUCUCUUCAACACAAGCUGCUCCGGAUGAGAUGGAAGAUGGGAUGGAGCGUCCUGUUAAGCCAGUGAACACACACGAGCGACCAGGGUGGAUUGCCCAAUUUCGAAUACUGGCAGAUCGCACAUUCAAGAACCUUUACCGAAACCCCAUGCUCAUGUUUGCUCAUUAUACUAUUGCUGUUGUGCUGGCCUUGAUAUGCGGCGGGCUGUUUUAUCAGGUCUCCAAUACAAUUGCUGGUUUUCAGAAUCGAAUGGGUCUUUUCUUUUUCUACGAAGCCCUUCUUGGAUUUAUGUGCUUGACAUCGCUUCAAGUCUUUUCAAGCGAACGUAUUCUUUUUGUACGAGAACGAGCCAAUGGUUACUAUUCGCCUGGUAUUUACUUUCUAUCAAAGGUUCUAUUUGAUAUCAUCCCAUUACGUGUGGUCCCUCCAUUGAUGAUGGGCCUGAUCUCGUAUUACAUGGUGGGCCUUGUGGAUGGUGUUGCCGAGUUUUUCAAAUUCCUGUUGGUGCUGGUAUUAUUCAACUUGACAGCAGCAGCAUUGUGCUUAGCUAUUGGUGUCGUGUUCAAGAAUCUUUCUAUGGCCAAUCUAUUAUGCUGCAUGGUGAUCCUGUUUUCAAUGCUCUUUGCAGGUUUAUUACUCAACAAAGAUUCCAUGUCGCCGUAUUUUGGUUGGCUCAAACACUUGUCGUUUUUCAAUUAUGCUCUGGAAGCGCUAUUGGUGAACGAAAUGCUGUAUUUGCAAUUGGUGGAGGAAAGAUUUGGAUUAAACAUUGAUGUACCUGGUGCAACAAUUCUCUCCACAUUUGGAUUCAAUGCAAGGAACUAUUGGCCUGAUGUGAUCAAGCUUGGAGUCAUGUUUUUGAGCUUCAUUCUUUUUGCCUUUGUAUGGCUCGUUACUUUUGUCAAGGAACGGAGAUAG